AUGCCAUUAUCAUGGACCUCCCCCAACUUCAUCAAGCUAUAUUCGAACGAUUCAACAAUAAAUCCUUUACCAGAGCCGAUAACAGAAAGCCAAGAUGCCUGGAUAGGAUCCCUGUUAACAAUUGGCGCAGUCAUAGGACCAAUUCCGGCUCCCUUUUUUUGUUCAAAAUUUGGAAGGAAAAAGGCGUUACUAGCGACAGCCAUACCUUUAAUAGUAUCUUUCUUUAGUCAAGCGUUUGCUAAAAACGUGUGGACCAUUUACAUCACUAGAGUGCUUGCAGGAAUAUCGUUAGGAGCUGGAUAUGCUCUGUUACCCAUUUAUAUUGGAGAGAUUUCUGAGGAUUUUAACAGAGGAAUGUUAUCACAAGCUAUUAAUAUAUUUUGGUCGUUCGGAAACUUUUUGGUAUACGCUACAGGACCGUUUAUGUCUUAUAUGUCUUUUAACAUCAUGAUUGCUAUGUUUCCUACAUUAUUCUUCGUUUUGUUUCUUCUACUGGCGCCAGAAUCGCCGUAUUAUCUUAUAGGACACAACGAGAUGGAAAAGGCGUCAAAAUCGUUAAUGCUACUAAGAUCUAAAAAUAAAGAAGAAGUAGAGGAAGAAAUGUUGGUAAUUUCUCAACAACUUAAAGAACAAACAAAUAAUAGAGGACUAAGGGAAUUGUUCGCUACAGAUUUUGUAAGAAGAGCCUUUAUUAUAUGUCUUCUGUUAGUGUUUACUCAAGAGUUGUGUGGAUUCUCUGUUCUGUUUUUCUACAUGCAACUAAUUUUUCAAGCUUCCGGUUCUAGGCUACCAGAUCAGCAGUGCUCAUUAAUAAUGUCUGUAUUUGUGUUGUUAACUAGUUUUGUAUCUCCGUUCAUAGUCGAUAGGUUCGGUAGAAGAACGUUAUUAAUAGUGUCUUGUGUCGGGAUGUUUAUUUCGUUAACAGCUUUAGGAGCGUUCUUCUUUAUAUUAGAAGAGACCCAAAUAAGUACUGCUCCAUUAUAUUGGUUACCUCUAGCUAGUUUGAUAUCGUUUAUAUUUUUCUUUAAUUUUGGUAUGUCAGUUCCAUGGACGAUAACUUCCGAAAUUCUUCCUGGUUACGUUAAAGAAACCGCAACGACUGUCAUUACAAGUCUCAGCUGGUUGCUGGGAUUUUUGUGUACGAAAUUUUUUCAUAGCAUCACAGACAAAAUCGGGAUGGGUAGGACUUUUUGGUGUUUCGGUGUAUAUUGUCUCGUAGCUGGAAUUGUAAUAUUUUUCUUUGUGCCGGAAACUAAGGGAAGAAGUUUCAGUGAAAUUCAAGAUAUACUUAAAUACGGAGGCGUAUUUCAAUACAGCUAUAAACAGAGGCAAGAGCACCAAAUAAAUAAGCAAGAAAAGGAGAAAUAUUAAAUUUCAGUUCUAAAUUAUUUAUUGAACUGUUUUCAAGUUUCGAGGGCAGAAACUAAUAUUCAAAACCGAUACUACUUCAAGAUUUAAUUAAUUUUGAAGAACUUCAUUUAUGGAAAUGUCCAAAUUAUUAUAGUAAGAUAACCAUCUGAUUAUGUGUCAACUAGUCAUUUUAUUGUCAGCAAAAUAUUUUUAAUAGGAAUAGAACUGAUUCUAAAGAUAUUAUCAGUUAGUAAAGAAAUUAUCAGCGAUAAUACGAGUAGUACAAUGUCUUCUAUAUAUACAGGGUGAGUAAAUGCAGGUUGUUUAGAGCAAAAUAAGAUGGACUGGACUAUAGCCUGAAUAAAAGAGGAGUGCAGUAAAAGUGAGGAUAUAACGUCACAUUCCAUAGGCGUACUUUGCAAAAUGAGUUUCUAUAAUAUAAACCGGGUCACGGCAGAGUAAAUGGUAUAGAACGU